UCUUGAUUGCAGUGAGUCAUAAAGUUCGAAUCUUAUGCACGAAAACAGAAAAUUGAACCCAAAAUGAUCAUAAUUACCUCCUCAUACUCAAAUUCUCAUCGUGCACAUCUUCUUCUUAUGAAUGUUCUUCUCAUGGUUCUUGCAGUGUUUACGAUGAGCUGCCAUCGUUCUAGUUCAGUCACACCCUUGGAGAGUAAGCCUCGCGCAAUAUUUGUUUUUGGAGAUUCCUUGGUUGAUCCUGGUAACAAUAACUACAUUAGUGGUACACUUGCAAAAAAUAAUUUCUACCCUUUUGGAAUUGAUUUUCCUAUCGGGAAAACUUUUACCGGUUGUUUUACAAACGGAAGAACAAUAAUUGACAUCAUAGGAGAAGAGUUGGGAGUGAAAGAUUAUAUUCCUCCUUACAUGGAUCCAACAACGGUUGGAGAUGUCGUUCUUCGUGGAGUCAAUUAUGCUUCUGGUGGGGCUGGAAUUCUUAACGACACUGGCGCUAUCUUUGGUAAUCGGUUUAACAUGGAUGCACAGCUCGAUAACUUUGCGAAUACUAGGAACUAUAUAAUCUCGAAUAUCAGUGGUGUUGGUUCCAAGAAACUUCUUGAAAAAGCUCUUUUCCUGGUAGUAAUGGGUUCCAAUGAAUUCAUUGACAACUACUUCACUCCGAUUGUUUCAAUACCUAAGCAAAAGUUAGUUUCCCCGGAAAUUUUUGUUGAUUCAAUGAUCUCAAAAUUCAGACUACAACUAACAAGACUGUAUAAAAUGGAUGCAAGAAAGAUUGCUGUUGCAAAUGUUGGACCUGUUGGUUGCAUUCCAAUAGAAAGAGCACUGAAUUACAAAUCAUGGUAUACAACCAGUGAUUCUUGCAUUAGUGCUAUGAAUAAUGCAGCGAUGGUAUUCAACAAGAAACUGAAGAGCCUAAUCAUAGAGUUGAACUCAAAUCUUGUGCAAUCCAAAUUUGUAUAUGUAGAUAGCUACGGCGUGAUAUCUCAUAUUUUCCAUAACUAUAAAUCUUAUGGUUUUGAGGAUUACAAAACUGCAUGUUGGAAAGUACUUCCAGAUUCAUCUUGGAAAUUGUACAAGCCGGCGCCAUUAGUUUGUAAGGACAGAUCCAAGUAUGUAUUUUGGGAUUUUGCUCAUCCAACUGAAGCUACUUACGUCAUUUUUGCAAACAAAGUGCUCGAAGAUCGUGAUUCUAGUUACACAUAUCCAAUGAAUAUCCGCCAACUCUACUACUCAUGAGCCUUUGCUCACCUACAGUAUGCAUAUAUAUACACUGUAAAAUCAUUUCACCACAAGUGAAAAUUGCCAAGUAUUCCAUCCACAAUGUAAUUCAAUGUAAGUUUUUCGGUGUUAGGUUACCGAUCCUAAACUCGUCAUAAGGCCAUGAGUAGAAUUCAACUCGAAAACCGAUUGAGGGUACCCAUUGACUUAUACACUACCCAAUUAAGUCUCAUCUAACCAAUGUGGGACUAGAGUCCCAACAUUCAAGUUUUAAUUCUUUAUAUACUUAACAACACCGAUAUUUAUGGUUGUACAUAUUAAUUCACAUGCUUUAA